AAAACAAAGCAGGAGAGCGCCGUGGCUGGUUGUAGCUCGUGCUCGCCGUAGUGCCAAGAGAACUGACUGUUACCGGUGUGCCACAUUUCCUCGAGGACACAUUAUAUUGAAGAUAUCAGUUGCAUAGAGGAAGUAGAACAACAGAGAAGAAACCACGGAUCAAGCUGACAUUAAGAGAAGACAGACCAAACACACGCUACAUAGUGAAAUAGACAAGGAGUGUCGGUAUAUAUCAGGAAAAUGAAUCAGGCGGAGAUUCGAAAAUUGAUCCCGGCCGUACGCGUGGCCAUCAAUGCCAAACACAGAAAGUUUUCCAAUCCCAAAGGUCCCGAGGGAAGACUGACGAUGUUAAGAAAAACCGUGACUGAGCUGGUGAAGCUGGAGAGAGUGGAGCUGAACUACCAGCGGGGGGAUGAGGCCAGAGGCUAUGCUGAGAGGCUUAUAGCAAUGGCCAUUAAGCAUGGAGACCGCCACAUCCCCACAAUGGAGAUGGCUAACUACUGGCUCACUGAGAAGCAGCUUGUUCACAAACUUUUCAAGGUGUUGGCAGUGAGAUACAAGGACCAUACUGAAUCUUACACAAAACUUCAUAAAGCUCCCAACAUCUACCCUGGAUUCUACAGAGAAAGAGUAGUGCUAGAGCUCAAAGGCAAUCCAUUUCCACCUCUUGAAAAAAAAAACUCAUCCCACAAUUGGAUACACAACAUACUGCUGGAAGAAGCCCAUCAAGAUUAUAUUAGAAAGAAGCUGAAAGAAGGGGAAAGAAGUAACUAAGGUUGAUCUAGUAUCAGAUGUAGAAACCUGAUUGGCUUACUUAUGUCUUGAUGUAUGUAUGUAUGAGUGUGCUUCUUAUGUACAGUAAAACUCUGAUUGAA